GGCCCGCUCCAUGUUCGCCAUGGACUACUCCUACCUCAACUCCUACGAGUCCUGCGUGGCCGCCAUGGAAGCGUCCGCAUACGAGUUCAGCCCCUGCAGCCAGGCCGGUUCCUUCCAGUACAGCCCGGUGCGGGGAGGGGGGUUCGGCGCCGGGCCCGCCUGCCCCCCCCUCGGCCCCGCCAACUGCGCCCUGGGCGCGCUGCGCGACCACCAACCCUCGCCCUACGCGGCAGUGCCCUACAAGUUCUUCUCGGACCCGUCGGGGCUGAACGAGAAGCGCAAGCAGCGGCGCAUCCGCACGACGUUCACCAGCUCCCAGCUCAAGGAGCUCGAGCGAGUCUUCGCCGAGACGCACUAUCCCGACAUCUACACCCGCGAGGAGCUGGCGCUCAAGAUCGACCUCACCGAGGCCCGCGUGCAGGUGUGGUUCCAGAACCGCCGAGCCAAAUUCCGCAAGCAGGAGCGAGCUGCCAGCGCCAAAGGCACCGGGGGCACCGGGGGCAAGAAAGCGGAGCCUCGCUCCUCAUCCGAGGACGACGAGUCCAAGGAAUCCAACUGCAGCGCGACCCCCGACAGCACCGCGUCGCUGCCCCCCGCCGCCAGCCUCGGCAGCCCCGGCGGCAGCCUCAGCCCCAGCCCCGGGGCCGGGGCACCCGCGGGACCCGCUGCUCACCCUCCGCAAGCCCUCAAAGCCCCGCUGUGGGCCGGGGUCAGCACCAGCGCCGCUUCGGGCCCCGCCGUCGAGCUGCUCAAAGCCUGGCAACCGGCCGAAGCGGCGCCGGGACCUUUCUCCGGCGUCCUGUCCUCGUUCCAUCGGAAACCCAACGCUCUCAAGACAAACCUCUUCUGAUCCCCCCGUGUGUGUGUCCCCCCGA